AAAGAAGCCAUCGACAAAUCGCAUCACAGGAAAAUCAAAAGGAGAAGCAAUAAAGGCAUAAAGAGAUAUAUCAUACAGCGGAUAGAUCUUGUGUCGCAGGUUCUGUUCCUCCCACGGUCGGCGAUGGAUUCCACGGCCGGGUCCUCGAACGCCCUGGUGCGUAAGAGCACCGACACAGCCCUGAUGCCGCCUCCGCCUCGCGCAAAGAAGAUCAAAAGACCCAAGAAAGUGCUAGACGAGGACACUUACACCGAGGCGCUCUCUCAGAUUAUCGCAAGGGACUUCUUCCCAGGCUUAUUAGAGACGCAGAUCCAGCAGGAGUACCUGGACGCUAUGGAGUCGAAAGACGCUGCCUGGAUAUCAAGCGCCAGCCAGAGGCUUCGCCACGUCAUGACGCCUGGUCGAAAAUCAACCCCGGCGCCAUCAUUCAAUACCAUGAACGGCAACAGGACUCCUACCAGCUUUGUCGGCGACACGCCAACCUCUGUGGCAACAAGCGUUGCACAAGACAAGCCGCGGCCGGACUUUAAUCUGAGCCUAUCCAAAUUUCAGGCCACCUACACCAGCGAGGAUAACGAGAGCUUUUACAAGCUGAUCGACAAGCAGAACCAGAAGAAGGCUGAUAAGUACGAUUGGCUUUGGCGCGGCAACAAGCUUCCUUCUAAGCAAAUGAUCAAACAGAAAGAGGUCACAGAUAGACUGGAACAGACGCGAAGUCUUGUCGAUGACGGAUUUAAGAGAGAUCGGUUGGCUAUCAAAGAUAAUGAUGAGCGACCUGCACAGCCAGAUUCUUGGAAAGUCGCCCCUCGGAAUGGCUUGAUGUUUCAGCCGGAAGGCCUAGAAGAUGGGGUCAAGACCGUUGCUGAAAGCACCGAGGAGCUCUCUCGCAUGGCGCCAAGGUCGAUCAGCUAUGAGAACACGAGGAUGCCGCAACCGCAUGUGUCACAGCGACCGCCGUCACCAACCAUGUCGUCGGUUCGUGAUGCGAUUGCGGGUAGGCCGCGGCGACACGACGCCGACUCUAGUGUUGUCGGUGGUGGUGAAACUCCUCGUGUGAAUGGCUACGCCUUUGUGGACGACGAAGACGACGACAAUGAUGCCGCAUCUAUACGUCUUCCAGCACCGAUUAAUCUUGGGCCUGGAGAUGCCACAAACCCCUUUAAGAUACAAGACCAGAGAAAGCGAGAAGUUCUUCAUGAACGAAUGGUGGAGCGAAUAUCGAAAUCCAAAAGCGAUUCCCAACGAAACGGAUUCACGGGAAAGGCUACUAAGAUGGAGACGCCGAGGUUCACUAGCGGCCCCAGACUAUCAGGAGGGCUGACGCCGGCUGCGCAAAGAUUAUUGAACAAGAUGGCGACCCCGAUGAGAGGGAGAGCAGUGGAUUCCUUUGGACAGGCAACUCCGAGGAAACCAAAGAGUUCGCUCUUGAAGAGUGUCAGCAGAGUGCAACCAAAAUCAACAUGAUGCACUUCAUAUUCGCACUUCAUAUUCUUGUUAUUUCGACGAGAUACGACGCCGCAUGCGAUAAAUUUUCUAUUCUUGGAAAAGAAUAAUGGAGCGUUUGACAGCGCAUUUACUUUUGUAUCAAUUUGAAAUGUUUUUGAGGCUCUUUCUGAGCCCGGAUUAUUAGCGCGGAGUUUUACUGGACAGGGACAUUGGCAAAAAAUCAUGUCUUGGUACACGCUUGGAGAUGUACAAAUGCUGUCGGUUUAUUAUAUUUAGGUAUUCAUUAGUGUAAGCUAGAAUACAAUCCAGAUCGCUCACAAAAGC